GUUAUGUCGAAUUGACAGUUGUUGUCAAACUGUGUUUAUAUGGGUUUUUAGCCAAAAAAUAAGUAAACUAAUGAUGAAUUUAACGCAACGAAUACUGAAACCAGCCUAAUUCAACAAUGGCUUCAUUUAUAACGCCGAAUCGCCAUGGGUACAGCGUAAGAUUCUCCCCUUUCAACCCUGACCGUCUGGUGGUAGCAACAAGUCAAUUUUUUGGUUUAACCGGGGGUGGAACGUUGUUUAUUCUCGACUUGAACGAUAACAAAAUAGUCGAGGUGCAAAGUAGUCAGUGGACCGACGGUCUGUUUGAUGUUGUUUGGAGUGAAAAUAACCCGGAUCAUGUGGUUAGUGCCUCAGGAGAUGGGGGCUUGCAGUUGUGGAACUUGAGCACGCCUAACGUCCCCCCUGUGACUUUUUGGGAGCACAAGAAGGAGGUGUAUUCGGUGGAUUGGGCCAGGACCAGGCAGGAUCAGUUGUUUUUGAGUGCUUCAUGGGAUCGGAGUAUAAAGCUAUGGGAUCCCAAUAGGCAGUCAUCUUUAGGGACUUUUACAGGUCAUUCACAACUGGUCUACAACGCGAUGUUCUCCCCUCAUCUCCCCAACUGUUUCGCCUCGGUAUCCGGCGACGGGAGCCUGAAACUGUGGAACAGCCUCUCCCCCCAGCCCUCCACAUCUUUCCGCGUGCACGACGCGGAGGUCCUCAGCCUCGACUGGUGCAAAUACGACGAGAACCUGUUGGCGACUAGCGGCAGCGACGGCCUCAUCAGGGGCUGGGACAUCCGCAACUACCUUCAGCCGAUGUUCCAGCUGAAGGGGUGCGAGUACGCGGUGAGGCGCGUGCAGUUCAGUCCGCACUGCCUGAGCGUGCUGGCCUCGGUGAGUUACGACUUCACCACGCGCGUCUGGGACUUCAAGCAGGGCUGCGACCCCGUCGAGACCAUACAGCACCAUUCGGAGUUCGUGUACGGGUUGGAUUGGAAUGCGCACAGGAAGGGUCAGCUGGCUGACUGCGGGUGGGACAGUUUGGUGCACGUUUUCACCCCGAAAUGUUUGAAAAGCGGGAUUAACUGA